ACGACCCCGUAGCUGGCCAUAAUGCGUGUAUGUGCGCCGCGCGUGUGCAUGUCGUAUCUAUACCUAUUGUUUUAAGGGUCACCCAAGUCGUCUGGGCGCGCACGGCAAGACGUCGAGACCAUAGAUCACCGUAACGCAAAACCAUAAUACGUAUUUUACUCUACAUUGCGUUUGCACCGCGCCGUCGUGCGGCUUCGAGAAUACCUAUACGCGUCUUGUGGUACCUAUAAACGCUUAAAUAGAUAGGCAAAAAGACAUAGGUACUUCGACCGACAACCGUGCAGCUUCUCCACCACCACGAUGUCGUGGUUGCAAUGACGACGAGUUGCAGCACAGGUUAGAUACGGGGAACUUCCGUGUGAAUUAUUUCGACUAGGUACCCAUCUACAUAUACCCAUUAUCAUAUUGAUUAUACAGUUUACCUACUUAGGUACACCACACGUACCUCGUGUAGACGGUCAUCGCGCGGUAUCCGUACUUACGUUGAGCAUGUUCAUCCUUCUGCGACAGUUGCAGUUGUCUUCGGCGGAAUUCGAGUGGUAACCGGUUUCCGAACAAUAUUGUACAUCGUAGUCCUGGUCCUAUAUGGCAAUAUAGUAUAAUAUCAUAGUAUUAUUAUUAUUGUCGUGAGCGAAAAAUAAAAUGCAGUUAGCAAUAAGUCUGUCAGCCGUGUUAAUAGCGUGCAUGGUGCGGGCGACGCAUAAUUUGGAUUGCGAACAAAAUCAAAACGGACAGUCCAUGAGUUUUUUUAAGACGAAUGGUGAUCUUCUGUUAACUGGUUUGUUUGAUGUCUAUGACGAGAAAUGCUCGGGCCCUACCUCUACAGGUAUUCAUUCAAUGGAAAUGGUAGCCACUGUUGUGCAAAUUUUAAAUUCGAUUCAUUACAUCCCGGGCAUUACAUUAGGAUUAACUUUGUACGAAGUAUGUUCAUAUCGAAGUACAGAUCUCCAGAAAGCUUUGAUAUCGUUUGUAGUCGACAAAGAUUGCAAUAACUCGACAAUACCAAUUGCCAUUUACACUACCGAAGACAUACGAUCCAAAAUCAACCAGUCGGUUGGUUUGGAUAUACCUAUCAUAACGGCAGGACCCAUCAUUGACGUCGAAAUUCAUGCCGAAGCGGCCGUUAAGUUUUUAAUCGUGAACAAUAUUGAUGUCGCGGACGUAUUAAUCGCGCAGGAUCCGGAUGUCACUCAAAGAUUUGAAAGCGUAGCCAGAGACAACGGACUGUGUUUGAACAGAACAGUCUUGGCUCACGAUUUUGGGAAUUUGAACGACUCCUCGGUAGUCAUUGUCAUGACCAACAAGGAUAUCAUCAAAUCGAUCAUCGAAUCGUCUUCGGCCGUCCGUAUAUCUCAUUACAUCAUGAUACCGCUUGACGGGCCGUUACCGCCUAAACCGGACUUUGAGCACGGAUCGUACUUGGACAAGUGCAGCGAGACGGACGGUUCGUCGUGUCCGACGUGCCGGGCGCGGCCCGCGUCGGCCGCCGCGCCCGAGUCUCCGCCGCGCGGUCCGCUUUUGGUGACGUGGAAGGAGGACGUGUGGAUAGCGUCCACGCUGACCGUGUCCGCGGUGGGCGCGACGUGCGCCGCGUGCAUCGCGUCGUUCAUACUGGUGCGGGUGUGCAAGAAGGACGUGAUGGAGGGCAACCCGACGUUCACGUUCGUGCUGAUCGCCGGCGCCCUGCUGAUGUACGCCAGCGCCGUGCCGUUCGCCGUGCGCGACACCGCCGCCGGUUGGCCGCGGCACGCCGUGUGCUACGCAAAGCUGUUCGGUUCGUCGGGCAGCUGCGCGUUCGUGUUCUCCGCCAUGCUGGCCCGGAGCACGAUGAUCGCCGCGUGCGACUGCGACUCGAGUUUCAUGAGCCACGUCAACGGUUACCUGCAGACGUCUCUGUUCGCGUUCACCGUGGGCGUGCAGCUGGCGCUCACGGUCCAGUUCGCGGCCAUACACGCCGCCGCCGUGCCGUCGUCCGACCUGUGCCACGUGUUCGUCGACGGCCCGCUGUUCCUGGGCACCAUGUCCUACGACGCGCUGCUGCUGGCGCUCCUGUGCGUCGUGUCCCCGUUCGUGUUCCGGUCGAAGCGCAACUACCGGGAGGGCGCUUGCUUCGCCGUCGCCACUUACCUGGUGUCCGCCGUCUGGCUGUGCUGGUGCGCGGCGUACGCGGCGCUUCCCCGGCGGUGGUCCGACAUGUGCGUCAUGGUCGGCCUGACGGCGACCGCGACCGUGAUCGUGGUCACCGUGUUCAUACCGCGCACGUACAUGAUGAUGUUCGGCAUCGUCCGCGAACAGAUCACCAGCUCGCUACCGUCGCUCGGCUACGGUCACGGCGGCGGCGGUGCCGGCGGCGCCAGCGUCACCGACGUCAACUACAGGAGCACGCAGGCCCUGUACGAUUCGGUGCACGUGGCCGCUCCCAAAUGCCAGUCGACCAGUUUCAAAGGCCAGUCCAACCCGAACUACUACUCGCCGGCCGGGUCGCACAUACACUCGAUCCCGAGGAGCCGGCCGCUGACUCCGGUCGACGAUUACGACACGCCCCCGUCCAUCGAUCACAGGAUAACCAGAUUUACCCACAAGCCGCGCCCUCCCUUCCCCAGAUCGGCAGGUUGUUCUUCCGGCACGUUCGUCAUUCGUACCAAAUUAUUGACGGAUCCUGAUGGAUAG